CCAGGCCCCUGCAUUCACUAUAUCUGGUCCCCCAGGACCCUGCAUUCACUACAUCUGGUCUCCCCAGACCCUGCAUUCACUAUAUCUGGUCUCCCAGGACCCUGCAUUCACUAUAUCUGGUCUCCCAGGACCCUGCAUUCACUAUAUCUGGUCUCCCCGGACCCUGCAUUCACUAUAUCUGGUCUCCCAGGACCCUGCAUUCACUACAUCUGGUCUCCCCAGACCCUGCGUUCAUUAUAUCUGGUCUCCCAGGACCUUGCAUUCACUAUAUCUGGUCUCCUGGGACCUCGCAUUCACUAUAUCUGUUCUCCCAGGACCCUGCAUCCACUAUAUCUGGUCUCACCGGACCCUGCAUUCACUAUAUCUGGUCUCUCUGGACCCUGCAUUCACUAUAUCUGUUCUCCCCAGACCCUGCAUUCACGAUAUCUGGUUUCCCAGGAUCCUGCAUUCACUAUAUCUGGUCUCCCCGGACCCCGCAUUCACUAUAUCUGGUCUUCCAGGACCCUGAAUUCACUAUAUCUGGUCUCCCAAGACCCUGCAUUCACUAUAUCUGGUCUCCCACAGUACACAGAAUAUGGAAAUGAAAUUAUUUUAGUAAAUAUAAGCUGCUAAAUACCUUUUCUCAUUAGUAGUUAGGGCAGUCUUGUGACUUGCGCCCUAGGCGACUGCCUAGCUUGCCUAGUGGAAGCACCUGCCCUGCCUCUCUAGCAACACAGGCUGCAUGACCCCUGACCCUUGGUCCGGACAGUGCUGAUUGGCCCUCUGCUGAUCACAUGCAAUCUCCCAAGAGAAAAUAAAAAACAUUCUAGCAAUACACACCAAACUGAGCAUGUGCAGCUUGCCCUCAAGCCUCUGUUCUAUCAGCAGAUGGACUGGGGAGAGUAGAAGAAGGGGAGGAUCAGAGAUGUCAGAAUCAAGCAUUCUUUUUACAGAAUGAGGAGGAUUAA